AUGGAAGCAACUCUCUCGGGUCUCUGUUCCUCCCUGCAGGAAAUUGCCGCUCAAUUGUCAGGACCUCUGCACGCCGAGCUUCUGGCGUCCCUCCACGAUCACCGCGAGGGACAAUUACCAGACGCAAAGUUGGGUCAACUGGCAGCCUGCACCAUUGACCUGCUACACCAGGUCGAGCAACUGCUGGAGCCGUCUUCAGUGGUGCUAGCCGACCACUUCCUUGGCUAUCUCAAUACGAAAUGUCUCUGUGCCGCGGUCGAACUGCGCAUCCCGGACAUACUGGCCCAGGGCCCGCGAAAAGUGGCAGAUCUGGCGGAACUGUCCGGAGCCCGGGAGGAUCGUCUGCGACAGGUUCUGCGACUGCUUCACAACAACGGGAUCUUUACGUACGACCCACAGACGGACGAGUAUCGCAACAGCCACACGUCCGACCUGCUGACCACCGACCACUGGACCCAAUGGCACAACUGGGUCGAUCUCUACGGGAAUGAAUUCUACGAUAUGGCUCGCGGGAUUCCCGCCUCGGUGCGCCGGGGAGCCACCCGGACUCCAGCCCAGAUCCAUUUCGACACCGACCAGAACAUGUUUGAUUAUUUCACGGCCCGCGGGUGGCUUCCGCGCCUGCACCGGACCCUCGGCGGGGGAGCCACAGCCCAAGCGCCUGGCAUACUGGCCGAUUACCCCUGGGAGGAAUUCAGCGGCAAGGCGUUUCUCGACGUCGGAGGCGGCCAGGGAGCGCUGGUGGCCAUGAUUCUCCGGCGGCAUCCCUCGAUCACGGGGGCUUUGCUCGACACCCCUAAGGUCAUCGAGCGGGCCCGCUCGCUGUUCCACGCCGUCCACGGCGAGUAUGCUGACGUCGGGGACCGGGUGCCUGAGGAGAAUCUGAUCCCAGGGGACUUUUUGCAGAGCGUUCCCAGCUUUGAGUUCUACACGAUGAAGUGGUGUCUGCACGACUGGGACGACAGUAAGACAGCUGCUGUUCUGACAAACAUUCGGACGGCCAUCCAGGAGAGCACAGAUAGCCGUCUUGUCGUGAUGGAGUCGAUUCUGGCGGACGGGCGGAGUAGUCGCCUGUCACGCUACGCUGAUCUGACCAUGAUGGUCAGCGCUGAUGGCCAGGAGCGAACAGAGGCCCAGUGGAGGUCUCUUGCGGGCCGGACCGGGUGGGAGAUUCGACAGAUCCGGUUGUUGCGGGGAGCCUGGCCAUGUGCAAUCGAGAUGAGGCCUGGUACACCCAAUCCAGGCCAUAUGAUGGAUACCGUACAAACUCGCCUCGAGGCUCCGGCCGUGAUUCAGGGGGACGUAGUAUUCGAUGGUCGAGUUAUUUUAUAUGUCAUCAAAGCGGACGAGACCUCGUACAUCAACUACAUCAAACCGCUCAUCCUCGCGCGAGAGCUGCACAUUCCGCAUCUCCUGUCAGUCAUUGACACAAAGGAUGAGUGGUUCUAUCGCAUCCACCCGGAACGAAUGGUCCCGUCUCUGAGGGACGAGGAUCCCACGACAAAGAAGGAGGUGAUUGUGUUUGAGAGCACCGCAUGCCUCCAGUACCUUGCGGACCGAUUCGACCACGACGGUACCUGGACUGGACGGAAUGCUAUGGAGAAGGGGGCGGUGCUCUCUUGGACAGCCUAUCAAACAGCCGGACUAGGACCGACGGCCAAGUAUUGGCUCUACUUUUGUCGAGGAUACCCGGAUCGACAGAAUCCUGUGCAGCUGCCCCGAACGAUCGAGAAACUUCAUGCCAAUUGCCUGCGGCAGUGGGAUAUUCUGGAACAGAGGCUCUCGUUACCGGGACAGGACUACAUUGCUCUUGUGGACCGGCCCACGCUGGCCGACAUCUCGUACUUUCCAUUCGCCAUGCCGUGGAUGUUUGGAUUCCUCGGGGUGAACAUCCAGGAUUGGCCACACAUCCAGCGUUGGAGUGAAAGGAUGCUGGAGCGUCCUGCAGUCAAGGCGGUGCUGGAAAUGGCUCCCAAGAUUGGUCAUUGA